AUGAGCACAAUUUCCCGUCAAGUGACACGAGAAUCACUCCUGCCCCUGCCAAGCAUAGUCCAGUACAAGUUUCCCUACAAUUUAAUCAUGAAGGUGUCUACUUCAGAACCACGAGAUGGUCUCCAACUGGAACGCACAUGUCUCACAUUCAUACGAUUUGCAACAGCAUUGUUCUUUACUUCAUUGGUAAUACUUUUGAAUUUCCGACUAGAUACUCCGCAUGCAUCGCCCAGAUCAGGUUUGUCUACAGUGUUGGCGUAUUUAUUGCUUGGACUUUCCUUGGUUGUGUUGGUGAUUUCAGGAGUCAAUUAUUUUGUAACCAUCAAGAGAUAUGCAAAGGGGAAAAUUGAUAAUUUUGGGUUUAAUAAUUUUUGGAGUAUGGUGGCGGUCACUGGGGUGAUUGUCGCGCUUUUAGCAAUCAAUGUAACUUUGUUGAUUGAGGAGUAUUUGAUUCAUGCAUAG